AUGGCGUAUUCUCCAAACGCGGACCUGAAGAUCGUCUUCGGGGCAAUGACAUUCGGCAAGCCUGGUCAGCCCUUAGCUAGACAUCUCAUUGAUCUUCCUGGUCUUCUCACUGACGGCCAUUUAGGGACUCUGGGCGCUCGUGUGCAUAGCACAGACGACGCCGGUCAAAUGCUCGACAUUUUCCAAGACCAUGGCCACAGGGAAAUCGACACCGCCCGACUCAAUGCGCCGGUAAUCUACUCCCACCGCCCGGAAGAUGUGCGCCGCGGUCUGAUCAACAGCCUGCGGGCGCUGGACACCGACAAAUUUGACCUGUUCUAUCUCCACGGGCCAGACCGGAAGACGCCGUUCGAGGAUACUCUGCGGGAGGUGAAUGCCUUGUACGAGGAAGUGCUGUUCAACCGCUUUGGCGUCAGCAACUAUAUGUCUUGGGAGGUCGCGCAGAUGUGCGAGAUCUGCGCGAAGCACGGCUGGAUCAAACCCAGCGUCUACCAGGGGAUCUACAGCGCGCUGCAGCGCAGUAUUGAGCCCGAGCUGAUCCCGUGUUUGCGGUAUUACGGGAUCUCGCUGUAUGCGUUUCAACCACUGGCAGGUGGCUUUCUCACGGGGCGGUAUCACCGCAACCAGACCGAGUUCGAAUCAGGGUCGCGAUUCGAUCCUAAAGGUGUUCAGGGCUCAUUGCGCCAUGCACGAUACUGGAACGAUGCCUAUUUUGACGCUUUGGAUCGAAUCCGCUCUGCUGCCGAAAAACAUGGUCUCUCGGUCGGUGAGGUCGCGAUGCGGUGGCUGAAACACCACUCGCAGCUAGCGGCGGCGCUCGGUGACUCCAUCAUUAUUGGGGCAAGCAGUGCUUCCCAUUUGACUCAAAAUCUGAAGGAUCUUGAGUGUGGGCCGUUGGCGGAAGAUGUCGUGACGGCGGUUGAGGAGGCUUGGUUGUGUGUCAAGGGCGUUGCUCCCAAGUACUGGCAUUAG